AUGUCCAAGAAAACAACGUUUCAUUAAAUCAUAAGUGUAAUUGGAGAUUUGCAUCAUCAUACACUUUUGUCUCCACUUAAUUAAGGAUCUGCCAAAAGAUUAAAAAGGGUUACAUUUGAGACAGAAGCACUUUAUCUCGAAUUCAGAUCAACUGACAGUCCAAUUAAGGUGAAUUCAACUCUUUAAAAACAUCUUUCAUAAAGAUCAAUCUCAGUUAUUACCCAACCUUGA